AGGCGGGGUUUGGAGGCCUCCGCUGGGCGUGGCGGGAAGCGGAAGUGGCCAGCGAGCGGCAGCCCCCCGUGUAGCUCCUGAGGAGGGGGUGAGCGGCAGGAUGACGGUCCACAACCUGUACCUGUUUGACCGGAAUGGCGUGUGUCUGCAUUACAGCGAGUGGCAUCGCAAGAAACAUGCGGGCAUCCCCAAGGAAGAGGAAUACAAGCUGAUGUACGGGAUGCUCUUCUCCAUCCGCUCCUUCGUCAGCAAGAUGUCCCCCCUGGACAUGAAGGAGGGGUUCUUGGCCUUCCAAACCAGCCGCUACAAGUUGCACUAUUACGAGACGCCCACCGGCCUCAAGGUGGUCAUGAACACAGACCUGGGCGUGGGGUCCAUCCGAGACGUCCUGCACCACAUUUACAGUGGGAUCUACGUGGAGUUUGUAGUAAAGAAUCCGCUCUGCCCCCUGGGCGAAGCUGUGCAAAGUGAGUUGUUCCGUACCCGGCUGGAUGCGUACGUCCGUGGACUCCCUUUCUUCUCAGCCCGAGCCGCCUAAUCACCCCCCGACCCCGCCGCUCCAAAGGACUUCCAGUGGCCUGCCCUCUCUGCCACCGCCCCCGGGCACCUGUGAUCUCCCUGCCCCCCGGUCUCACCACACCGUGGUAUGGUCUGGCCCUUCUCUGCCAGUGCUGCCUGGCACCGCCCUUGGGCCCAGUGACCUCCCCGUCCCCCCGCCGGCCUGUCUGCCCUUCUCUGGAGUCAGCUUCCCCCUGGCUUGUCCUCAUCUUCCACCGGACUGAAACCCCUGUCCUGGCUCUAACGAUAUCAGACUGCAGCCCCCAUCCUCCCCCGCGAUUCUGCGGACCACGGUCCCCUUUCCCGGCUGGAGCGGGAAAGAGGGGAAAGGUGUGGGAUAGGCAGGGGGAGCAGAGAUGACCUGUACUUAAAGAAGCAGAGAAUAAACUGCUACUCACCCCACCGUG